AUGGCCCAAAAAAACACAUGCUUGGGUGUCCAUGCAACUCUAACCGUGACAUUAAUUAUCCUCACUGCCAUUAUAGCCGUGGCUGAUGAUGAUACACCGGUUAUGAAAGAUGGAAGUGGAGAAUUCAAGACCAUCAUUGACACCGUUAAUAGCAUUCCGGUCGACAACACCAAACGUGUCAUUGUGUACAUUGGAGGGGGAGAGGGCAAUCAUUUUUUCAAGGAAUGCUUUAUUGAAGGCAUUGUGGAUUUCAUCUUUGGAAGUGGAAAGUCUCUCUAUUUGAACACUGAGUUACAUGUGCUGGGGAAUAAUGAAAUGACAGUGAUAACAGCACAAGCAAGGGACUCAACUUCAGAGGAUACUGGAUACUCAUUUGUCCACUGCAACAUAACUGGUAUUGGAAAUGGCACAUAUUUGGGCAAGGCUUGGAGGACCAGUCCCAGGGUGGUCUUUGCCUACACCAGCAUGUCCGAGGUCAUCACCCCAACUGGUUGGAACAACAAGAACCGCCCCGAACGUGAUAGGGUUCCAAAUGGCCGCUUCCUCCUCCAAAUCCAAAAGUCUAGAUUUUCCUAA